GGGACCAUGACCCCAGCCGAAGGCAGUCACCCAACCAACUGAGCCACCCAGGCGCCCAAGAGUUCUGUAUUAAGUUAGGGUCAGUCAUUAGAUACCCAAGAGGAGGUGCCCCUUAUGCAACCGAACCAUGGGUCUGUAACUCCCACCCCGGGGGCUGGGGGGUCCAGGCUGGAACAGGGAAUGGGAAGUCUUUAACCUACAGCUCAGCACUGUCCAGUAGAAAGAGGACGUGAGCCACGUAUGCCAUUUAAAAUUUCCCAGUAGCCACAUUAAAAAAGUAAAAACAGGUGAAACCAAUUUAAAUUAUAUUCAUUUAACCCAGUAUAUCCUAAAUAUUGUUUCAACACGUAAUCAAUAUAAACAUGAUUGAUGAGCUCUUCCGCACUCUUUCUUCGACAUCCGGUGUGUAUUUUACGUUUAAAGCACAUCAGUUCGCACUCACUCCUUUCCAAGCACUCGGUUGCCACAGGACGGCUAGGGGCGACCCCUCGGGUCAGCGCAGCAGCGGUUUCGCAAAGCCGCGAACCGGUACCCACCCGGACCGUACUGGGGGAAGCACUUCCGCUGGGACGUCCCGGACGGAAGCCGUGGGGGAACGGAAGUCGCUCGUGUGCCCGCGCGGCGGCGGAACGCUGAGGCGGCUUCCCGGCUGGCUGAGGCGAGCUUCCGUUGCCGGAUGCUGGGCGCUCGGGCUGCGGGAGAGAGAGGCACAGCGAGAGAGGGAACACAAGCAGGGGGAAUGGGAGAGGGAGAAGCAGGCUUCCUGCGGAGCGGGGAACCAUAUGCGGGGCUCGAUCCCAGGACCCUGGGAUCAUGACCUGAGCCGAAGGCAGACGCUUAACGACUGAACCACCCAGGCGCCCGGAAAAGCGUGAUUUAAAGCUCACAUUUAAAGACUUUGGGCUUUGAUUUAGUGCCAUGCAUCCUUUGCAGUGUGUCCUGCAAACACAGAGGUGGGGGCCCUUGGCUUCUGUGUCCUGGCUGCUGCUCAGGACCUGCAGGGCACAUAGUAGUGUCCCCAGCACUGCAUGUCCCAGUUCAGAGAGGCAGCAGGAAGAUGGAGUUCGGAAGGAUUUCAGCUCUAGGCUGGCCAGUGGGCCGACUUUUCAGCAUUUUUUAAGAAGUGCUUCAGCUCCUCAAGAGAAACCAGACAUGGAGGACCCACCCCCCUAUCUUACAGUGGAUGAACUUUUAGGGAGGCAAAGAAAAGUCUAUCUGGAGACCUACGGCUGCCAGAUGAAUGUGAAUGACACAGAGAUAGCCUGGUCUGUCUUACAGAAGAGUGGCUACUUGCGGACCAGGAACCUCCAAGAGGCUGAUGUGAUCCUCCUUGUCACAUGUUCUAUCAGGGAGAAGGCUGAGCAGACCAUCUGGAAUCGUUUACAUCAGCUUAAAGCCCUGAAGACAAAACGGCUCCGCUCCCAAGUACCUCUGAGGAUUGGGAUUCUAGGCUGCAUGGCUGAGAGAUUAAAGGAGGAGAUUCUCAACAGGGAGAAAAUGGUGGAUAUUUUGGCCGGUCCAGAUGCCUAUCGGGACCUUCCUCGACUGCUGGCUGUUGCUGAGUCAGGCCAACAAGCUGCCAAUGUGCUGCUCUCUCUGGAUGAGACCUAUGCCGACGUCAUGCCAGUCCAGACAAGCCCCAGUGCUACUUCUGCCUUUGUGUCUAUCAUGCGAGGCUGUGACAAUAUGUGCAGCUACUGCAUUGUUCCUUUCACACGUGGCCGGGAGAGGAGUCGCCCUGUUGCUUCCAUUCUAGAGGAAGUGAGGAAGCUUUCAGAGCAGGGGCUGAAAGAAGUGACACUUCUUGGUCAGAAUGUUAAUAGUUUUCGGGACAGUUCAGAAGUCCAGUUCAACAAUGCAGUGUCUACUAACCUGAGCCGUGGCUUUUCUACCAACUAUAAACCCAAGCAAGGGGGCCUUCGUUUUGCUCACCUUCUGGAUCGGGUCUCCAGAGUAGAUCCUGAAAUGAGGAUCCGUUUCACCUCUCCCCACCCCAAAGACUUUCCUGAUGAGGUUCUACAGCUGAUUCAUGAGAGAGACAACAUCUGUAAGCAGAUCCACCUACCAGCCCAGAGUGGAAGCAGCCGUGUAUUGGAGGCUAUGCGGAGGGGAUAUUCAAGAGAAGCUUAUGUGGAGUUAAUUCAUCAUAUCAGAGAAUCUAUCCCAGGAGUGAGCCUCAGCAGCGAUUUCAUUGCUGGCUUUUGUGGUGAGACGGAGGAAGAUCACCUCCAGACAGUGUCUUUGCUUCGGGAAGUUCAGUACAACAUGGGCUUUCUUUUUGCUUACAGUAUGAGACAGAAGACCCGGGCAUAUCACAGGCUGAAAGAUGAUGUCCCAGAAGAGGUAAAAUUAAGGCGUUUGGAGGAACUUAUUACUGUCUUUCGAGAAGAAGCAACAAAAGCCAACAUGGCCUCUGUGGGUUGUACCCAGCUAGUGCUGGUGGAGGGGCACAGUAAACGCUCUGCAACUGAUCUGUGUGGCCGGAAUGAUGGAAACCUUAAAGUGAUCUUCCCUGAUGUAGAAAUGGAGGACGUUAAUAACUCUGAGGUCAAGGUCAGAGCUCAGCCUGGGGACUAUGUGCUGGUGAAGCCACAGAUGGGGGUCCUCCCUAGCACUCCAAUCUGAAAACUCAAGUGUUGUCUGAGGCACCACGGUUCCACAGAUCAUGCCAAGAAGAGGGGCCAGACCACAGUGCAAGCAGAUAGCCAAGAACCAGUGGUACCACCCUCGGGACUGCUAUGUGGAGGUUUCUGACCCAGAUCGAGGUGAUAAAGGAUCAUGGGCAAAGAAGGAAGGUCUGUGAAGAUUUUUUUUUUUUUUAAGUAGGCUCCACACCCAGCGCAGAGCCCAAUGUGGGGCUUGAACUCAUGACCCUGAGGUCAAAACCUGAGCUGAGAUCAAGAGUGAGGUCAGACACCCAACUGACUGAGCCACUCAGGUCCCCUGUGAAGAUAUUUCUGACAAGACGGCUACAGCUGUGGUCCCUCCUCCCACUCUCCCAGUGAUGAGAGCGGGGGUGUCUGCCCCUACGGCGGGCCUAGCGGGAGGGGGCUUUCCAGGGACCAUUUAGGGGCUUGAGGGGUAUGUCCUCUGGAGUUGGGGCAUACAAUGGACUGGAUUCUAUCUUUUGCCUGAGAGAAAGAGGCUGAUGAGCUGAAGUCAUAAUGGGCAGAGUUGCUUCUGAGGAAAAUUAUGGCUCUGAACAGGGUCAAAGCUUGUGUGUAUGUUUUUCCAAAGACCCUGCAGGACAGCGAUCUGGUCUGGCACUGGUUUAAGUCCUUUGCAACACCCUCUCCUGGGCAGGUGAGGAAAAGUUUCCAGAGAGCCAGAGGCUGGGGGUGGCACGCAGGGUGGUCAGCCAUUGGAAGAGCUCUGCCCUCGUUUGGGGUUGCAGCUUGAGAGGCCUGGCAGGAAGGUUUGAAAAUCCCCAGGAGGGUGCCCAAGAGAGCUCUAAACAUUAUUUGGCUUCCCAGAGACUAGAGAGCCAUCUUGCAAUAUUAUCAGCCAAGGGAAAUCUGCCCCCUUUUCGUCUCCUUUCUGCCUGUGCUCCAUCCCUGGAUGCAGCCAAAGAGAGAGGGAAAAGGUAUGUGUGUGUGUGUGAGAGAGAGAGAGAGAGGGAGAGAGGGAGAGAGAGAGAAUAUGAGCACGAGCCUCUCCUCCCCUAAGCCAGUCCAUAGAAGCCUUGGUUAGGGGUGGGGAGAAAGUGUGAAAUCAGAGAGUUAAAUCAAACCAGACACACAGACAUGGCAAAGUAUCAAAGUAGAAAAGAUCACUCCCAUUUUCCAGAUGCAUGGUUUUUUU